AUGGAAGAUGAUCUCGACCUUUUCAUAUCGAACCCCAAACCCGUUCAACUCACUCCGGAUCGUUUGUCGGCUAGAUCCUCAGCUCGAAAGGGACAAACAUCCAAGAAGCGUAUGGCCAAGAUUUCGACUCGACGUCCAACAAUUCAUGCAUCUCCCACCGCUUCAUUAUCAUCUGACUGGAGCGACUGGAAUCAGCCCUCUAAGCUCUCUAGUGAUGAAGAGAAUGAGGAGGUGGAUGACUUGACAGCUUCUCAGAUCGAUCGACACAGCUUAGCCAAUCUUCUCCGGGCUGAUCGCUCCCUGAGGGACGUGGUGAUUCCUGAAAGCCCAGAAGUCGCACACACUGCCAGACGACCUACUUCGGACAUGGAAUUGGAAUGUGACUUGGAUCGGAGUCCUCCUCGGCGUCAAAUUAAGAAUUCUUCUGUCUCUGCCAGUCGCAAGCAACCUCAACCCUACCAUUCACCUAACAUUCUGGCCAGACCUCCUAGUGUGGCUAAUACGAGUGGAUCACGUUCUACCAAUACUCGAAAACAAACAGACUCACUUAAUUCUCGUCGCACUUGGUCAAUUCCAUCACGGCCACGUGAAAGUCGGCGCGCUGAGCAUGUGAUAAGUUUGGAACCCGAUUCACCUACGAAGGUAUCUCAUUCAACACCAUCACCCACGAUUGGAAGUCAAUGCUUAGUCAGCCCCGAAAUCACUCGAGAGCUCUCUCCCUCUGAUAUAUUACCAUCACCAAUUGUCAGACCUCCUUUAGAACCAUUCCGACCAAAUACUAUAAGAUCUCCUCGUUCCACUGGUUCACCUUGGAAACAGAUUACAUCAACCCCCAAGAAGGAUAAGGGCAAAGGUCGUCAAAUUGAUCUAACUCCCCCAAUAUCACCAGUCAACCUCAGUCGAGUCUUAGCACCUGACUCCUCUGAUACGCCAGAGAAAGAUCAAUGUUUCCCAAUCGAAGAGAAUCUGGACAACUUUCAAGAAGAUGAAGAUCUUAAUGAUUUGAGUCAUCUUGAUUACGAACAAUAUGAAAGAAAUCAAGAUGAGGCAGAUGAAGAUCAUGAAGCCGAUCUCAGGCCACCUUCACCAGGUGUAUCAUCCAUUGGUCCAUCGUCCAGAUAUUUUCAUGAACACACGAUUGCGAGCCAAGAGUCUAUCAAAUACUCUCAGACCGUUCCAUGA